CUCCUCCUCUUGCUCCCUCGGCCGGGCGGCGGUGACUGUGCACCGACGUCGGCGCGGGCUGCACCGCCGCGUCCGCCCGCCCGCCCGCCCGCCCGCCAGUAUGGCCACCACCGCCACCUGCACCCGCUUCACCGACGACUACCAGCUUUUCGAGGAGCUCGGCAAGGGUGCCUUCUCAGUGGUCCGAAGAUGUGUAAAGAAAACAUCUACACAGGAAUAUGCUGCAAAAAUCAUCAAUACGAAGAAGUUAUCCGCCAGAGAUCAUCAGAAACUAGAACGGGAGGCCCGGAUAUGUCGACUUCUGAAACAUCCAAACAUUGUGCGUCUCCAUGACAGUAUUUCUGAAGAAGGGUUUCACUACCUCGUGUUUGACCUUGUUACCGGAGGGGAGUUGUUUGAAGACAUUGUGGCCAGAGAAUACUACAGUGAAGCUGAUGCCAGUCACUGUAUACAUCAGAUCCUGGAGAGUGUUAACCACAUCCACCAGCAUGACAUUGUCCACCGGGACCUGAAGCCUGAGAACUUGCUGCUGGCAAGUAAAUGCAAGGGUGCUGCGGUCAAGCUAGCUGAUUUUGGCCUGGCCAUCGAAGUACAGGGAGAGCAGCAGGCUUGGUUUGGUUUUGCUGGCACCCCAGGUUACUUGUCCCCUGAGGUCUUGAGGAAAGAUCCCUAUGGAAAACCUGUGGAUAUCUGGGCCUGCGGGGUCAUCCUGUAUAUCCUCCUGGUGGGCUACCCUCCCUUCUGGGAUGAGGAUCAGCACAAGCUGUAUCAGCAGAUCAAAGCUGGAGCCUAUGAUUUCCCAUCACCAGAAUGGGACACGGUCACUCCUGAAGCUAAGAACUUGAUCAAUCAGAUGCUGACCAUAAACCCUGCAAAGCGUAUCACGGCUGACCAGGCGCUCAAGCACCCAUGGGUCUGUCAACGGUCUACAGUGGCAUCCAUGAUGCAUCGCCAAGAGACGGUGGAGUGCUUACGCAAAUUCAAUGCCCGGAGAAAACUGAAGGGUGCCAUCCUCACAACCAUGCUUGUCUCCAGGAACUUUUCAGCUGCCAAAAGCCUACUGAACAAGAAGUCAGAUGGCGGUGUCAAGCCACAGAGCAACAACAAAAACAGUCUCGUAAGCCCAGCCCAAGAGCCCGCGCCCUUGCAGACGGCCAUGGAACCGCAGACCACCGUGGUCCAUAAUGCCACAGAUGGGAUCAAGGGCUCCACAGAGAGCUGCAAUACCACUACAGAAGACGAAGAUCUCAAAGCUGCCCCGCUCCGCACUGGGAAUGGCAGCUUGGUGCCUGAAGGACGGAGCCCCCGGGACAGAACAGCCCCCUCUGCAGGCAUGCAGCCCCAGCCUUCUCUCUGCUCCUCAGCCAUGCGAAAACAGGAGAUCAUUAAGAUCACAGAACAACUGAUCGAAGCCAUCAACAAUGGGGACUUUGAGGCCUACACGAAGAUUUGUGACCCGGGCCUCACUUCCUUUGAGCCAGAAGCCCUUGGUAACCUCGUGGAGGGGAUGGAUUUCCAUAAGUUUUACUUUGAGAAUCUCCUGUCCAAGAACAGCAAGCCUAUCCACACCACCAUCCUAAACCCACACGUCCACGUGAUUGGGGAGGACGCAGCUUGCAUCGCCUAUAUCCGGCUCACUCAGUACAUCGACGGGCAGGGUCGGCCUCGUACCAGUCAGUCAGAGGAGACCCGGGUGUGGCACCGCCGGGACGGCAAGUGGCUCAAUGUCCACUAUCACUGCUCAGGGGCCCCUGCCGCACCACUGCAGUGAGCUCAGCCACAGGGGCAUUAGGAGAUUCCAGCUGGAGGUUGAACCUUCGCAGCCAGUGACUCUGGAGGGCCUGAGUGACAGCGGCGGUCCUGUUCGUUUGAGGUUUAAAACAAUUCAAUUACAAAGCGGCAGCAGCCAAUGCACGACCCUGCAUGCAGCCCUCCCGCCCGCCCUUCGUGUCUGUCUCUGCUGUACCGAGGUGUUUUUUACAUUUAAGAAAAAAAAAAAGAAAAUAAGAUUGUUUUAAAAAAAUGGAAUUCGUACCAUGAUGCAUUUUAAAACAACUGAUAGCCCUUGGGCUUGCAAGAAGGCAGGAGUUUGUGUGAUGCUCAUCCAGGCAUGAACAGUGGGCUCGCCCACCACCUUGGAAGAGGUGAGCUUGGCCUCAGGCCCCUGUGGACUCAGGGGGACCAGGCAAGGACUCUUGACAGAGCUUUGGUCGUGGAUAGAACUAUGGUGUGGUUGCAGCCCCAGAGGUGGCCUGAUCACCCCAGUUCUUGGAGUGAACUUCUUCAGAACAUGCAUUGACACCUAGUAUGAGAAAGAAGCAAACGCCGUGGCUAUUGGACCUACAUGGGAGAGAAUGCAGCGCUUCCUGCCUGCUGUCCCAGCCUGCUGUGGAGGCAGCUGUGAGGCGUGGCCUCAGGACUGAAGGCCUGGACUUUGCUGUACCGUUCCAGUUAGUGUAGGCGGGAAGAGAAUUGGUGCUGCAGAAGUGUGUCUGACACAGAGCCGAUGAGAAACCUCGCGUUAGUCUGACAUGCACUUACUCAUCCAUUUCUAUAGGAUGCACAAUGCCCGUGGGCCUGAGACUGAGGCCUGAUUUCUGCAGGUGGGAAGUGGGAGGGAUUGCUACUUUGUUUCCUGUUGGUUUUCCUAAAGUAACAAGGAGAGAUCCAGACGUCUUUGGCCAGGGCUCCUUUAGCCACUUUGGCAGUUCUGUUUGUGUGCUGACCUGGACCAUCCUUGUCUUGUAUUUUCAUGCUGGUGGUCCCCAUGCUGACCCUCACCUGGGCCCAGGCCCUCUGCCAAGCGCCCCUGUGAGAUGGGAGGAGUGAGGCAGCGGGAUAAGAGUUGGUGGUUGUUACUAUGCAUUCUGGCUGCCCUCUGGGCUGCCUCCCUUCUUCUUCCCACGCUGCAUGUCCAUCUCUUUCCCUGGGUUUGAGAUUGAACUGACUGCUUGGGUGAGAAGUGUCCUCUUUAAAGAGACUCUUUACUGACCAACUGAAGUAUACACUUUUCUGCUGGACAAUCCGCAUGGGCAUCACCCCCUCACCUGCAUGUACCCAAAAAAGGGGUCCAGAGCCAAGGCUCCUGCAUUCAUUGUCCCUCUCUGUGCUCAAGGAGUUCCAUUCCAGGAAGAAAAGAUCUGUACCUUAGGCAGAUAACAGAGAAGAUAAUGGAGGAGCAAUUGGUCAUAGUCUUGGUUCCCUCCCACCAAACAACUGCACAUUGUCUGCAUUUAGGGGGGAAAGGUGGGUAGAUUUCAGCUCCUUGGAUGACCUUCAGGAGACACAGGAGCUGGGAAAAGAGACAGAACUACAGACUUUGGAACCAGCUGAGAAGAGAACAAAUUCAUGGGUGCUGGUGCUUGAAUUUAGCCAGGCUCCUCAAGCACCUUGUGCAUGCCUCAGACCCUGGACCCUAGUCCCUUCCUGCCCUGCAGCCUGCAGUGUCAGCCAACAGAUACCUUCACCACAGGGUUUGGUUUUGCUGGCUUGAAGACAACAAAUGGUCUUAGAGCUCAUUAAGACCCAUAGCUUCAUAUGGCUGCUCCAGCCCCACAUCUUAGCGUUCUUACUCCACUUCUGGGGCUAAUGUCAGCAUCUAUAGACUAUUAAUAGACUAUUUAAAAAACAAACCACCUUUUAAACAGGAAAUGGAAGGCAUUUGAUGCAGAACUUUUGCAUGAUGACAUAGAAAUAAUUUAAAAAAAAAAAAUAGUGUUUGUUCUGAAUGUUGGUAGUCCCUUCAUAGCUUUGUUACAAUGAAACCUUGAAGAUAUUUAAUAAAAUAACCUUUAAACAGUC